CCCCACCAGGAGGCCCCUGGGGCGCACGGGACCCCGGCCCGCCCCGCUCGGCCGCACUGUUAGGGCGGCGAGGCCAACCGGCCAGCGCGGCGCGGGCGGCGCGAUUGCCCUUCGCGGCCUCGAGGGGGCCCUGCGGCGGCCUCGAGCCGGGAGGACGCCCGCUCCUCCUGUCGGCGCCCGGGCUGCUGCGCCAUCGCCGCGGGACCGCCGCUCGCCAGCCUGCAAGUCCUCUGCCCACAGGCGAUGUGAAGCCCAGGCUCCGGGGCCCGCCUCGCCGUCCGCUUCUCCCCGCUGCCACCGACCGUCCCGCCUCUCCCCUAGCCCAGCGCCGAGCCCCACCAUGGAGGACGGCGAGCUGGACCUCACCUACGUCACCGAGCGCAUCAUCGCCGUGUCCUUCCCCGCGGGCUGCUCCGAGGAGUCCUACCUGCACAGCCUGCAGGAGGUGACGCACAUGCUGCAGUCCAAGCACGGCGACAACUACCUGGUGCUGAACCUCUCGGAAAAGAGAUACGACCUGGCCAGGCUCAACCGGAAGGUGCUGGACGUGGGCUGGCCCGAGCUGCACGCGCCGCCCCUGGACAAGGUGUGUGCCAUCUGCAAGGCCCAGGAGUCCUGGCUCCAGGGCCACCCGCACCACGUGGUCGUCAUCCACUGCAGGGGCGGGAAGGGCCGCAUCGGCGUGGUCAUCGCCUCCUACAUGCACUUCACCAACGUCUCCGCCAGCGCCGACCAGGCCCUCGACAGGUUUGCCAUGAAGAAGUAUUACGACGACAAGGUCUCCGCUCUCAUGCAGCCCUCGCAGAAGCGGUACGUCCAGUUUCUCAGCGGGCUGCUGUCGGGGACAGUGAAGAUGAACGCCUCGCCCCUCUUCCUGCAUUUCGUCAUCCUGCACGGCACCCCCAACUUCGACACGGGCGGGGUGUGCCGGCCCUUCCUGAAGCUGUACCAGGCCAUGCAGCCCGUCUACACCUCGGGGAUCUACAACGUUGGCCCCGAAAACCCGAGUCGCAUCUACAUCGCCAUAGAGCCGGCCCAGCUCCUGAAAGGGGACGUCAUGGUGAAGUGCUACCACAAGAAGUACCGCUCGGCCACCCGCGACGUCAUCUUCCGCCUGCAGUUCCACACGGGCGCCGUGCAGGGCUGCAGCCUGGUGUUCGGGAAGCAGGACCUGGACAGCGCCUGCCAAGACGAUCGCUUUCCUGCCAGCGGGAAGAUUGAGCUUGUGUUCUCGGCCUCCCCCGAGAGGAUCCAAGGCUGUGAGCAUUUCCGCAGCAACCAUGGCGUGAGCGUGGACUUCAACACGGCCGACCCGCUGAUCCGCUGGGACUCGUACGAGAACCUGGGAGCUGACGGGGAAGUGCUGCACACGCAGGGCCCCGUGGACGGCAGCCUGUACGCCAAGGUGCGGAAGAAGAGCGCCCUGGACCCCGGCGUCCCCGCCGCCAGCAGCCCGGACCACGGCGACCACACCCUGUCGGUGAGCAGCGACUCCGGCCACUCCACGGCCUCGGCGCGGACGGACCGGACGGAGGAGCCCCUGGCCCCGGGACCCCCGCGGGGCCUGAGCCCCCAGGAGAAGGCCGAGCUGGACCAGCUGCUCAGUGGCUUUGGCCUGGAAGAUUCCGGAAGCCCCGUCAAGGACAUGACCGAUGCUUGUAGCAAGAUCAGCGGGACGCGUCACGUCGUGCCGGCCCAGGUCCACGUGAACGGGGACGCCGCCGCGCCGAAGGACCGGGAGACGGACAUCCUGGACGACGAGGUGCCCAGCCAUGACCUGCGCAGCGUGGACAGCGUGGGGACCCUCUCCUCCUCGGAGGGACACCCGGCGGCCGCCCUGGGCCCCUUCGCCGGCCACCAGAGCAGCCACAACUCGCUCCUGUCGGACGGGUUCGGCAGCAGCGCCGGGGAGGACCCGCACGGCGCCCCCGUCCCGGACCUGGGCCUCGGCGGGGAGCCCCUGUUCGCCCGGGAGGCGUUCGGGAGCUGCGAGCCCAAGCCGCCGCCGCCCGAGCUCCGGGCGCCCUGCGCGCUGGCCCAGAUGCCGGCCUACGAGCCGAGCGGCUACUCCACGCAGACCUGGGUGCGCCAGCAGCAGAUGGUGGCCACCCACCAGUACAGCUUCGCCUCUGACGGGGAGGCCCGGCUUGUGGCCCGAGGCACGGGGGACAGCGCCCGCGGGGUGCCGGCCCAGCCCGGGCUCCCGGUCAUCCCCACCCGGGGGGCCAGCAGCAGGGUGGCCACAGGCCCCGGACCACACACCCCUGAAACCCAGCGGCCCACUCCCGGCAGAGCCGGCAAAGCCAGCCUCCCAGGCGUCAGCGCCGUCAACGGGACUGGCCCGGAGCCCGGCCCGGACCCCUCCCCGGGCUCCCCCACCCUGGACAUCGACCAGUCCAUCGACCAGCUCAACAGGCUGAUCCUGGAGCUGGACCCCACCUUCGAGCCCCUCCCCACCCACAUGAACAAGCUGGGCAGCCUGGCCAGCAGCCCCUCGGCCCCAGACGGCGUGGGGGGCGGGCCCCGGGCCAGCGGCCGCCUGCAGGACAGAGGAGGGGACCCCGGCCGGCCCCCCGGGCAGCAAGGCUCCCCGGGCGACGAGCUGCUGCGCAGAAGGCUCCGGAAGCCGAGCCUCGGCCAGUACGACAACCACACUGGGGGGCCGGCCUUCUCCCAGUGCGGGUGGGGGACACCCCUGGGCGUAGAGCAGGCUCCGGGCCGGGCGCCUUUCCUGUCGCCAGCAGAUGCCAAGGAGACGGUGACUCCCGCGCGUCCCACAAACCUUGGUGAAUGUGUGGUCGACGGCAGGGUCUUCUCUCCGAGCAAGACUGGCAGCGGCUCCGCGUCACCCACCCCGGCGUUCCCCGUGUCUCCGCUGACGCCGUAUGUGACCACGCCCCCGCACCACCCCGCCUUCAGCCCGCCCGGGCCCCCGAUGGGCAGCGCCAGCAGCCUGUACCGAGCGGCUCACGAGCCACGUGGCAGCCCUGAGGCCCUCGCUCGCUCCGUGGGGAUGUCCGAGAGCCCUGCGGGACCCAGACCCUCGGCGCCGCCCUUCCCGCGGGCCUUCGCCGCCUCCUGCGCCUCCUCCAGCAGCGGCCCCGGCUCCCGGAGGGACAGCCCCGUGUCUGCUGAGCACCCGUGGGCGGACACCAGCCCCAAACCCACGCCGGCCCUGCCUGGGAGCAGCCGGCCCCCCCGGAGCCUCCUGGGCCCCAGCCAGUUCCCGGGUCCCGGCCAGGACGGGCCGCACCUCCCGCCCGCCUUCCACGGCCCCGCGCUGUCGCUGGCGGAGUCGCCCGAGGCGCCGGGGGGGACUGCGGACAAUGGCUUCCUGCCCCCCUUCCCCCCGGGGGGGCCCGGGCAGCCGCCGCUCCCCGAGAAGAAGCGGGCCUCGGAGGGCGACCGCUCCCUGGGCUCCGUCUCUCCAGCCUCCAGCGGCUUCUCCAGCCCCCACAGCGGGAGCACCAUGAGCAUCCCCUUCCCCAGCGUGCUCCCCGACUUCUCCAAGCCCCCCGAGGCGGCGUCUCCUUCUCCGGAAAACCCGGGUGAGAAGCAGGUGACGGUGAGCUUUGUGCAGGACACCUCCAAGUUCUGGUACAAGGCGGACAUCUCCAGGGAGCAAGCCAUCGCCAUGCUGAGGGACAAGGAGCCCGGGUCCUUCGUCGUCCGGGACAGCCACUCCUUCCGAGGCGCCUACGGCCUGGCCAUGAAGGUGGCCACGCCCCCACCCUCCGUCCUGCAGCUGAACAGGAAAGCCGGUGACUUGGCCGACGAGCUGGUCCGGCACUUCCUGGUCGAGUGCACCCCGAAGGGCGUGCGGCUCAAGGGCUGCUCCAACGAGCCCUACUUCGGGAGCCUGACGGCCCUGGUGUGCCAGCACUCCAUCACGCCCCUGGCGCUGCCCUGCAAGCUGCUCAUCCCCGACAGAGAUCCGCUGGAGGAGGCCCCGGACAGCCCGCCCCAGACGGCGGCCAACUCGGCAGCCGAGCUGCUGAAGCAGGGCGCAGCCUGCAACGUGUGGUACCUGGGCUCCCUGGAGAUGGAGUCGCUCACGGGCCACCAGGCCGUGCAGAAGGCCCUGAGCGCCACCCUGGCCCAGCAGCCGCCACCCCUGUCGACGGUCGUGCACUUCAAGGUGUCGGCCCAGGGCAUCACCCUGACGGACAACCAGAGGAAGCUCUUCUUCCGGAGGCACUACCCCGUGAGCAGCGUCAUCUUCUGCGCGCUGGACCCGCAGGACAGGAAGUGGGUCGCGGACAGCCAGGCGUGCAGAGUCUUCGGGUUUGUGGCCCGGAAGCAGGGCAGCGCCACCGACAACGUGUGCCACCUGUUUGCGGAGCACGACCCCGAGCAGCCCGCCAGCGCCAUCGUCAACUUCGUGUCCAAGGUCAUGAUCGGCUCCCCGAGGAAGAUCUGAGCCCCUCCCGGCCGGGCCACCGGCUGGGCCCCUGCUGGGCCCCUGGGGUGACCCCGACACCUGGCUCCUCCGGCUUCCAGAGACCCAGCACCUCCCCAGCCCCUUCCUGAGACGGACACGUCCGCGCGUCCGCAGCCGGGCCUUCUGGGCAGAAUUGGGCACCAGGGCUCUGCCCAGCUCCGCACCCGGGACGUGUGUGCAAACGCAGGCUCCCCAUGCAGGGCCUGUGGGAGGGGCCGCCUGCCCGUUCCGCCGUGGCCUGAGGGGCCGCCAGAGCGUCCCCCACUGUGGCCGAGGGCUCCUGUGCCCCCGGGGCCUCUGCCUCAGCAGGCACGCACCUGUGACGAAGGUCGUGCAGGUGGGCCCUUGGGCACGAGGGCACGAGAGGGGACGCGUGGUGGGCUGUGAGGACAAGGGCACCUCCGUGGCCAAGAGCCCCACCCGCCUCGUCACAUCGGGUCUGAAGGUGCACGAGGCCGAGGGGAGAAAGGCGUGGACGGAGGUGAAAUGCCGUUUCUGUGUAACCUGCGCGGUGUCGGCUGCAGCCGCUGUGCCCGCUGUGCCCGCCAUGCCCGGGGCACCAGGACAGGCGCCGUCCUUCCUGGGGCGGGAGGUUCUAGAGGCGGGACGUGCUGAGCUCCGGAAGCUCCCGUCCCGCCCCUCGUCCACGUCUGCGGCUCCAGAGGGGCGGCGAGGAUCUCUCUCGUGGAUGUUUGGGGCCCCCUCCCCCGUCGGGCAUGUGCCACGGCCGUGGCGGUGCCGGGCCCAUCGCCCGAUCCGCACGUGGUCUCAGUUCAGGAGAAGCCGGUGGCCCUGCAGGUGCCGUCCCAGUGACGUCCCCGCCUCCUUCCUCUGAGCCCAGCCCCACAGGCUCCGCCUGAGGCCCGUUCUGUGCUCCAGGAGCCAGCCAGCGCCUCGGGCGAGGGGCUGGGACCGCGAGGGCGGUGGCCCGGGCAGCUCCCACCAAAGCACCAAGCGCAAGUGCCUCAUUCCUGUGCCAAACUCCGCCCGGGCCCCCGGGCAGCCUUCCGCCUCUCGUGCCUGUGGCCGCAGGGACUGCUGGGCCGAGGUUCUGGUUCCUGCGGGAAUCGGGGAGCAGACGGGUUGGUGCUGCCCCCAGAGGCCUCAGCCCCUGAGGGCUCACACCCAGGUCUGACCCAAGGCUGCAGGGCCGGCCCUGACCUCCGGAUGAAGAUGGACAGGCCUGCAGAGAAGCCAGAGCCAGACGGUGAGACGCGCAGCCCACGGGAGUCAGGGACCUGGGCCUCCCUCGCAGUCCCCGUCCCGGACGCCCGAGAAGCCGGGCACCUUUGCUCUCAAACCGACCGUCCGGCGGCAACGUGCCCUCCCCACGGUCACGGGCGCCCAGGCUCCCAGGAGCCGGCCCUGGUCGGUACGACAGGCCUCCUCGCGUGUCACACCUGGGGGUGUCGGGCCCUAGGUGAGCCCCACCGCCCGCCCGGCUCAGCCUGGGCAGGACCCUUCCCCCGGCUCCUGGUCCCGGGCACCAGCGGGCACAGGGCACUGUCCUGGGCGCUCCCGGCAGUGUGCCCCUCAGGUGUCCUGGCCAGGCUCCCCUGGCCCCUCAUUAACCAGUCACUGCGUCCCUCAGUGUUAACCUGUAAGCCCUUGGCACCGAAGCCCUCGCGUCUCCCGUGCCUGAACGCCGCGGUGUCCGUGCCGCCCCAUGUUGUCAAGUGUAUCCAGCGUGUGAACGGCUGCUCGUGCGCCCUGUGUGCAGUCUGCUCCCUGCAUCUCUCUCCGGAGUAUAAUAAACAUUAAUGUUGGUAACC